AUGCGUCGUCUCUUCGGCCUCUCGCGAUCGUUUUCCUACGUCACAACCUCGGUUUUGAUCGCCUCUUUGAUCGUCGCGCACGCUUUACUCACUCGCGAGCAAUAUUUCAGCGCGAUGUUGUAUCUCUCGACGUCGAAAAUUUCCGUCGUGUCCUUGGCGAACGUCGCGUUCGCGUUGGCGUUUACCUUGGCGAAAGUUGUGAAAACCGUAUUCCUGGGCGCGUUGCGAGAGAGCGAAGUCGAGCGGUUACACGAACGGACCAGAGAAGCCGUCAUGGAGACGUGUUUGGCGAUGACUAUAUUCAGAGAGGAAUUCAACUUGAGAUUUGUCUCCUUGUUCGCCUCUUUGUUGUUCUUGAAGGCGUUUCACGGUUUGUGCAAAGACCGAGCGGAACACAUGGAAACGGCACCGCGAGUGCGAGCGAUCGACAGAUUUAGAAUCACGAGCUUUAUGGUGUGUUUGUUACUCGUGGACGUGGCGUUCGUGAAGUUUGCGAUUGAACGCGUCGUCGCGAAAGGACCUUCGGUGGUGCUUUUGUUCGGGUUCGAGCACGUUAUUUUGGCGAGUAAAAUGUGCGUCGGGUUUGCGAAGUAUUUCGUGACGAUAGUGGAUCGCGCGAUGGAUGGAAAUUGGCAAGGGAAAGGCGCGUUCGUGUUUUAUUUAGAGCUGUGCGCGGAUUUGGUGCAUUUGUGCGUGUACGUGGCAUUUUUUUCCAUCAUCUUCGCCUAUUACGGGUUGCCGAUACAUUUGUUGAGGGACGUGUACGUGACGUUUAGACAGUUUAAAGAUCGAGUGGCGGCAUUUUUGAGGUACAGAAGAGUGACGGCGAAUUUAGAUUCGAGGUUUCCAGAUGCGACUGGGGAGGAUUUAGACUUAGCGCGAGGCGGCGAAGAUACGUGCGUCGUGUGCAGAGAGAAGAUGAAAACGUGCCAGACGCACGCGGACGGGAGUCAAACGCCGAUGCCGAAACAAAUGCGCGCGAAGAAAUUGCCGUGUUCUCACGCGUUUCAUUUGCACUGCUUGAGAUCGUGGUUAGAGAGACAACAGGCGUGUCCAACGUGUCGCGCGUCGGUGUUGCCGGAGGAAGAGAGAGAGUUGGAGAGAAGACAGAGAGAGAGGGAGGAAGGGCGGUGGCAAAGGUUACCGCCGGAAUUGCAGCCGGGGUACAUUGCACCGGAAGUGCAGGCGAGAUUAGACGCGCAGACAGCAGAGGCGAGAAGGGAAAGAGAGGAGAGAGCGAGAAGGGAGAGAGGAGAGAAUGGAGGUGUCGGGGUGACGGCGACCGAAGGAGGAGUACCGGGAGGAGGAACGGAUGCGCCUUCUUCUUCGACGACAACGGCGGCAGUAGGUGCAGAAGCAGACGGAGAAGCGCAACGCGUUCGGGAGCAGCGAUUAGAGCACCUCGAGCGUCGUUUAGGAGGCGAGCAACAACAACAACAACAAACGCCUUCAACGACUCCUUCUUCUUCGAGGGAACCGGCGGGGGCGGCUACUGCCGUCGCUGCGUCGACGACGCGUACGCCCGCGCGCACACCACCAUCGCCGAGAUUUUUACAACAACAACAUCAACAACAAACGAGAGCGACGCCGCCGCCGAACAUGACGACACCAAUCGCGCCUUCUCCUUUGGCAAAUCUCAACCCGGGCGGCGAGUGGUGGACUCCCGGUACCGCCGCAAUCAACGCGUCCUACCAAGCCGGCAUCUCAGCCGCGGCGACGAACAUGGCAAACGACGAAUCGUCGCUGUCUGAAGAAGACAUAUCGGCGCGUCGCAUGGCGCACGCCGCCGCCGCCGCCGUCGCUGCUGCCGCGCAACAAGCGCAAAUGGCGUUCAUGAGCGUCGCGCCGCUCGGUUUACUUCCUCCGGGAUCAAACAUCAACGGCGGUAGUAGCUACUUCCCGUUUCCGAUCGAUUCACAACACCAACAACAACCAAUGCCGCUCACGCCGGAGCAAUACGAGAAGGAGUACAACCGUCGUCAAGCGCAAAUGGAGAAAAACGAUCAAAACGCGAACGCGAAAAUCUCCGCGUUGGAACAAAAAGUGAACGAGUUGAUGCAAAAACUCGAAGACCAGCAGCAGCAGCAGCAGCAGCAGCAGCGCCCGAACAAACCUUCACCUCCUUUGGAAGCGAAAUUCGACCGAACCGCUGAAACGACGACGACGAAUUCUCCUCCUCCGCCUUCUUCCUUAUCUUCGCAACAUCAACACGGGGAAGACACCAAAAAAAUCGCCUUCCGACACUCUCGCUCGGCUUCGCCGUCCAUCAUAACCGCCGCGAUGACCGCCACCGCCAACGCCGCCAACCCUACGGAGAUCGAAGAAGAACAAGAAGAAGAAGAACGAAAAGAAGAACAAGAACAAGAGCAAGAGGACGAAGUUUCCCUCGCGCUUCGUUUGAGAAGAGAAAAGUGGUUGGCGCAGCAGCAAUCGAAAGAAGAAGACGAAGAGCGAUAA